UUCCAAGUUCUCUUCCUUUUCAAAUCUGGACAGAGGAUAAUAAAGAGUUCUGAUUGAAUUACUUGUCAGUGUAGUUUGACUUUGAGGUUACGAUUAGGUUAAGACGCUAGUGUAUUAGAAUAUAUACAUUUGUGAACCAUUAAAGCACUGAGAGUGGUGGGGUCUGAGAAAAACCGACCCUGAGAAGGGCGCAUCUGGGAUCGACUUUUCUGGCCUGAAUGUUGACAGUUCAUGCUACCGGACAAUGGCCGAGGAUCAGCCUUCACCGUCUGUUCAGGCUAGUCAUACAACCAAACCCAGCAGUGUACCAGCGGAGGAAUAUGACAAGAAGUGUAUUUUCUGCAGGAUUGUCAACAAUGAAAUGGGCACAGAGCUUCUCCACAGCGAUGGAGAUAUUUCCUGUUUCAAGGAUAUUAAACCUGGAGCUCCACAUCACUACCUGGUGGUCCCAACUAAACACAUUGGAAACUGUAAAUCACUCAACAAAGAACAUGUGCCUCUAGUGAAGCAAAUGGUUGAUGUCGGGGAGGAUGUGUUACAGAAAAACAACGUAACAGAUCUCACUGAUGUCAGGUUCGGUUUUCAUUGGCCUCCGUUCUGUUCUGUCACACACUUACACCUUCAUGUUCUGGCGCCUGUCAGUCAAAUGGGCUUCAUGUCCCGCCUCAUCUAUAGACUCAAUUCCUACUGGUUUGUCACAGCAGAUCAGCUGAUUGAGCUUCUCAGCUCUAAAGGAGAGACAAACUGAGCUCUGGAUCUAUUUCUUCCUUCACUAGAUUUUGACAUGUUGGUUGUUACAAGAGUUAAUUUGCUUUCUGGUUUGACCAAAGUUGAGGACAGUGUUUUAAUGUAAACUUGCCUGGUACAUGUAAGACAUUAUGAAGAUAUUUUGGACAACAAAGCUUGAAUGAAGCCAAGUAUUCCUUGUUUUAUUCAGAAUGUACCAGAAAGAUGCCCCAUGUAGUGGUAUUAAAACUCUCUGUCAACCUGUCACCUUAGAAAAACAAUGUUUAGGGACCAAGGAGCAUAAAGACAUUGUUCUCAUUCUUAAUUUGACCUAAAAUGAAAAAUGAUUUGAUUUAAACUGUAACAAAGCUCAUCUUCAUCAACAGAAUUUGACAGCUAAACUUUGACUAAGUUCAUACUGUUUGAUUUUCUGUCAGGUAAGAGGACUUCAUUGUAAAGCUCAGGUUAUGCAUGUGGGAAAAAAAUGUAAUUGCAAGAAUACUGAGGUUGAACAAUAACCUAAGACAUGUUUUCCAUGUAUCCACUAAUCAUAUCAGCUGUGCAGCCUGUACUAAACGUGUAAUCCUCUGAAUUGUACUUUGACAAUUGAGGUACAGUACAACAUCAUCUUAACAAGCACUGAAGUGCACUUAAUGUGCAUAUAUUUACAUGAUUGCAAUGUGUAAAUGUCAAUAUUUAAAUUAUUGCUUAUAGACUGUAUACAAAAGAUAAACAUUGAUAUUGAAUACCAACUUCAUGAAGUCUACGUUACCUCAAACAAAGCCACAUUUAUAGAAUUAACAUCAUUCAGAAUUAAAAACAAGGAAAACAACAAACUAAUGAGUCGAGCAAAUCAAAUAAUAAUCAAAGGGUGAGCAGAGGAAAAUAAAUAAAAGGUAAGAUUUUAUGGUAAAUUUGUCUUCGCAAGUGUGGGAUUCUGACCUCACUAAUCGACAGCAUUCAGUUUUGAAGUAUUUAAAUUUAGUGUGUCUCUUUCAUCAAAUUUAAGAGCAUAGCCAUAUUACUGCUGUAUAUGAACUGAAUGUAAGACUAAGGACUUUACAGCAUUUUUUGUACUGUAGAUAUGCACUGUAGACAUUAAUUUAGAAUAAACAAUGUUGCAUCUCA